AUGGUGCCCUCCCGCCUGCGAUUCUGGUUUGCUGCUUCGCUGGUGCUAGCGUCACUGUCCUGGACCGCAGCACAGUCGACGCUGAAGUUGUCGGCCACUUUGACCAUCGAGAAGAGUGACGACAAGGCGAAGACCAAUGAGCAGGUGGUGCAGCUCCUCGCCCACGCAAAGGAGCAGAAGUUCGAGGGAAACGUGCAGCGAUUCCUGGAGAACAUGGUGCACCAACUCCAGAAAGUUAUGGAUGCUGCCAAGGUGGUGGAGGAGAAGAAGUCGACGGAAGUUCCCAAAGACUUCACUCCACCGAAAUAUCGGGUCAAGGCAAUGCCCAAGCUCAAUGCCAAGAAGAUCACGGUCAAGAAGAUGACGGCAGUAGACUUGGCAAAGCGUCUCGAUGAGGGCAAGGCGGAGCAGGGAUGCAGCAGAAUGCAGGCGCUGCGGCUCCGGCGCCUCAAGAUGGCGGCGACGGUGAUCCUCACGGCGGGGAUCACGAUUGGGCUUGGCAAGGCGGAUGGCAAUGGCAAGGGUGGCCUUGGCAUGCGAGGUCAAUGGGAGAGACCGCAUGCUAGGAAUACUAGUUGGUGGUCCAAUUGGCCAGGCUAUCGACCGGAACAGCGUGAUGCACAGCAGCGUGAACAGCAAGGUGAUGGAAAUCGUGAAGCUGAGCAACAUGAUCGCCCCGACGGAGGCAAUCGGAGGGCUUCUGCUCAGUCGACUACCAUUACUGAUGAGAGUCUUGAUCCUUCAGAAGAGCCUAAAGAGUCUAGUGAUGCAGGGAGUGCCUCUACCAAGGGAGCACCGAAGACAGGGAAAGACCAUGUGCCCGAGUAUGACGGUAAGACGGCCAUGCGGGAAUAUGCCCGAAGGGUCAAACUGUUUGAGAGCUCCACGGGCAUUGAUCCUUCCUACAGGGCUCAGAAGCUGAUGGAGAAGUUGAGCGGCCAAGCAUGGAUGGCCACCGAAAGCCUCGACCUCGAGGACCUCAAACACCCCAAUGGGGUGCAACGGUUACUUGAUCACUUGUGGCAGGAGCUGGAGCCACUCGAACACCUCAGGACGUUCACUACCCUCGCCGAGUUCUACAAAGACUUCAGGAGAAGCCCGGGGGAAGAGUUUGUAGAGUUUGACAUGAAGUUCCGUGCACAUCUUAAGCGACUUGAAGAAGUGGGAGCCAAGCUGGAGGGUCUCAAUGUUGCCUAUUGGUUUCUUGAGAAAUCUGGAUUGUCGAGCGAUUUAAGGAAACAGGUGGUAGCAGCUGCCAGCGGAGAAUACGAUUACCCUAAGUUGAGGAAGGCUUUGAUGGCGAUCGUCCCGAAAGUCAAGAAAGACGAGGAGCAUGCUCCAUCCGCAACCAGGCCUUUCAAUCGACAGUGGAAACCUCGCAAUAACCAGCCGCGGCAGGUGAAUGCAACUACCGGUGAAGAAGAAGAUCGACCAGAUCCGGAUGGCGAAGAAGCUGAUGAUCAGGUGGGACCCGAGGAACUUGAAGGUGAACUAGAGGUGCUGCUCACUCAAGCAGCUCGCAAACGUGCAGAAAUAGAACGUGCUCGUGGGUUUUCCAAGCCUGAGUCGGCUACUGCCAGAGAAGCAAGGAUCAAAGAGAUGAAAAGCAAAAUGCCCUGCAGCGCUUGCAAGGCGAACGGACCUACCGUUUAUGGACAUUGGCAUGGGGAUGCCGAAUGUCCAUUUCGGAGAGGUGCUGGAGCUGACAAGGACCGGUCUCGUGAGAAGAGUGUGUUGGCGGUGGUGGAAGAGGAGUUGAGCGAUUCUGAGGAUGAUAUUCUGGAUCCACCGGCUUCAUCUAUCUUCCACUCCACGACCAUCCUCGAUGGCACGGAGCUACAUGAUGAGCAUGAUCACCAGGCCCCUCCUUAUCAUGUCUAUAGCAAUGGGGGAGAACCCGACCGAAAUCGUCUCGCAUUAAGUGAUACAUGCUGUGCCAGGACCGUCGCCGGAAAGAAGUGGGCUCAACGACACCUACGAUACCUCCGGGCAAGGGGAGAGGACGUCUUCGUGAUCAACGAGGCUCGUCCCUUCAGGUUCGGCGGAGGUCCCAGAGUCAUGUCCGAGUAUGCGGUGAUCAUGCCAUUGAUAGUGUUGGGUGCCUCAAGACUUGCUUGGAUCAGAGUGAGCAUUGUCGACCAGGAUGUGCCCCUCCUACUGAGCAAGACCGCCUUGAAGAUGCUGGGAAUGGUCAUGGACUUGGAAAAGAGCAUGAUUACCCUUCGUGAACUAGAGACCCAAGUGCAUCUGAGGGAGACUCAAGCGGGUCUAUGUGGCUUCGAGAUCAAUCUCGACCGGUCGGGACGCAGGUUGGAAGCACCUCCACAAGUGCUGAUUGAUACUGAUCGGGAAGUAGUGCUGGAAGAUGAUGUCCCCGGUGAUCAGGUCAUGAUGGUCAAGAAGAUCCGCCCCGAGGUCCCCGACGGUGCUCAAGAUAGGACCACUAGGGAAUCAGUUGAACGAUGUGAAGAUCAAGCGCGGAAGCUGUAUCGGGAGUGCGAUUUUCGAUACGAGUCCCUCCUUGAACUCGUCAGGCUACUUCCAAUCCAUCGGCGAGCACGGCAUCGGGGAAUCAAUGGAAAACCAGGCCCGGUGAACGAAGCAUGGGUUGCUGGACUGUUUGUCCAUGGGAACCAGUCUGGGGUCACUAAGAGGACGAGUCGAUAUCCACAUGUGGUUCGAUACAUCAAUAGCUUCACGCGAGACAAAAUUGCGGGAGCAUGGUCUUCGUUCAGUCUCGCCAAGAACAUUAGCACCGAUGUACAUGUCGACUGUCACAACCACAAGGAGGCUUCCUCCGUGACGGUGACCUUCGGCGACUUUACGGGAGGACAGCUCUGGGUUGCACAAUCGGACGGUGAAGGUGGUGAUUGCACGUGGAAGCAAGAUAGACACGGAAGGACUAUCCCCGGAACUUUGAUCUCCACUUGCGAAACACCCUACUUGUUCAAUCCUCAAGUUCCACAUGCAACUCAUGAAUGGAGUGGCGAGAGAUGGUGUCUGUCUAUGUACACCGUGAGAUGUGCUGAUCAGGUCGAUGAAGACACAAAGAAAGCACUGAAGAAGCUACGAUUUCCCCUGAGCUCGAGGGGAACUUCCAGGACUUUGGGUGAUGCAGUGCAUGCAGUUCAUGACAUGUCGUCCCACCGAGAGCCGCAUCAACAUGAAGACGACGUGUCGCAUGACAUGAAAUGCGCAAAUACUCCGCAGCUGCUUGAAGAGUUCGGCGAGCCCGCGUGUUCAGUUGAGGGUAACCCUUCAGUCGGUGGUCCUCGGGAUGUCGAUGCUGGCGCCACAGCGGAAGGAGGAGUGACGAAGGAGGCCCUGCGCGAGCACAACCUCGAUCGCUUGAAGGAGUUGUGGGGGGCGGUCCGUCCUCCGAAGAAGAGUGCCACCGGUCUUCCAGCCAACUGGAAAAAAUUCGAUCGCCCGGCGCUCAAGCACAUCUACGCGACCCAGGUGGCGCCGGAUUUGGGUCGGGACAACGACCUUCAUUGGGACCGUUGGUCCAAGCCGACCUUGAUCUUGGAGAUAGAGAUGUGGGCCGUAGAUGCGGCCGAGGAACUCCAGCGCGACCGCGACCUGGAAACGGCCAGCACGGAGCCUCUGUGUCCCCAGUGUGGCAUACCUAUGAUGGUCAGAACAAACAGAAUGACUCGAGAGGACGUUUACGGCUGUCGCCGGUAUCCAGCAUGCAAGGAAACUCUACCUCUUCGUUACGACGGGCGCCCGACCCGCGAAGUGCAGAAGCAGAUGGAGGCCUCCGAGCAGAUCGCCAAGGCGAAGGAGAAUCACAAGAAGUUGAUGGCCAAGCAGGCAGCCAAGAGCAAACGCGUGGGAGAAAUGGGCCGGGCUCUGUCAUCUUCCGACGGCUCAUGGGCGGUGGCAGGAUCGAUCCCGAUCGAGGAAGUGAGCUCCUCGGAAGAGGAGAAGGACAAGAAGUACAACACGAACCUCACGAAGGAGGAGAUGGCCAUGAUUGUCGCCAUGAGGGACAAGAACCGCGGGUAUCCCAAGGACACAGCAGCCUUCGGCGUGAAGAUCGCCCCGAGGAUUGAGCAGCGAAAGCUGCGCUCGAUUCCCCGACGACCUCUGUCGCCCAGUGAGAUUGAAGAGAGAAUCCUGUUAGGUAAUUCCCGUAGGAGGGCGUUGAAGAAAGGGGUGAUGAAGAGAUUGUUGGGGAAUGCUCGGGCCAUUGUGGCUGGAGUACUUGUCACGACGGCUGCGCUAGCCGGGGCUGCGGCUAGUGCUGUACCAAGCUUUUCCCGGAUGAGGCCCGAUGUUCUUGAGAUAUGCGGCCAAGAAGCUGCUUUCACUAGCUCUUUCUCCCGCUGGGGUUGGCGUCAUGUUGAACCGGUUCAUCUGUCAAGUGACCUCUGUGAUGAAGGGAAUCGAGAUAACAUUAGCCGCUGGAUCGAUGAGUCGGCGCCUCGACUGGUCAUUGUUUCCGACUGUUGUCCUCGGAUCGUGUCGCCUGGGCGAGUUGGAGUGAAGGAGGCGCAGGCCAUUAGGAGGCAACGAAAGAGAGAGGACAGAAUCAAGCCAGUGUGUAAUUUCCUGAAACACGUCAUUGACAUGCAGAUAAAGAGAGGAGACCAAGCACUCGUGGAGCUCGCACUCCAUGCUGCGCCUGAGGUUGCGGUUUUAGGUGACAUCAUGAUUAGGCAUCCGCAUGUGAGACACAUCCCAAGGUUUCCUCAGGAUUGCAAUCGAGAUGCUCGUACAGGAUGGCUGACUACGUGUGAGUUUAUUGAGAAAGAGCUUGCUCAGAUCAGAGAUGAGGGGGCGAGAGAUGAGAGCAGUCAUCAUGUGAGUUCGAGGAAAUCGACUGUUGCGAAGGCCGUGUGUCGAGGUUUUACGCAGUAUAUCAAGGAACAUGAGCCUGACAGGCUUAGGAGAAUGCUCAGGAGUCUCGCGACACGGAUCCGUGGAAAGCUCAGGAAUGGUGAUCGCCGGAUAUCUGACACCCGAUGGAGUGAAAAGAACAUUUUGAAAGCCUUAGGGAAAUGGAGUGCCAGUGCGGUGUAUGCGGUCGAUCAACCUCACGAAUCCGAUGAAGAAAUGAUCCCUGAUAUCCAGGAGCCUGAACAGGUAAGGACGCGUGAAGCUGAAGAGGCAGGUUCCGAAAUGCAGCCUGUGGAGCAUGUCAGAAGACGUUUGGGUAGCCAUGGCAUAACCUUUGAGGUUCCUCCUGGGAGAAGAGUGAGUGAAGCUGUGAGGCAAGGGCUGAUCAAAGCCCACUGCAACCUGGGACAUCCUAGCAAAGAAGACUUCAUUCGGUUCCUUAAACUUGGGGGGGCCAAACAAGAGGUUUUAGAGGCUGUCCCAUGGAUGAAAUGCAUGACAUGCGCGCAUGCUAGGCGUCCCAGUGCACAUCGCACCACGAACAUCCCACCAUGUCAGGUGACUUUCGGAGACGAGGUUCAAUUAGAUUGUAUAUGUGUCCAUGAUAGUGCGAAGCAGGCCUACUGGUUCUUGUCGGUCAUUGACAGGGCUACUUCAUAUCACAUCGUGGAAAUUCUCCGAGAUCACUCACCUGAAGAGCUAUACCGGGCAUUCGACCGGGGAUGGGCUCGUUGGGCAGGCCCGCCGAUUAGGGCUACAGUUGACAUGGAGGGUGGUUUUCAAGGACGCGAGUUUUGGGAACAAGUGUCUCAGGCGGGCACAUGUCUGACAGCGAUUGCAGGCACAGCUCACUGGCAAGCAGGAAAGGUUGAACGCCACAAUCAGAUUGUUAAGGACAUGAUCUUCAAUGUGGUGAGGCAGACCAAUGCUUUCGGUAGAGAGGAAAUGCGGCGACUGACUAGGGAAGUGAGCUGGGCUAAGAACUCCUUGACGCGUGAGCAUGGGUGGGCUCCUGUUGCACUGGUUUUCGGUAGAGAGCCUCGUGUCUUUGGCGAACUCCAUCAAGAUGGAAACCCCGCGGGAUAUCAUCCUUCCGUAGGUGAGACCGGCAGCGAUGUUGCAGUGCGCAUGAGAUAUCGAUAUCAUGCUAAAAUGGAGUUCAUCCGGAGUCAGGCUCGGCAGAUGCUUCUGAAAACAGCUCACAACCGAACUCGGAAGAUUCCUAUUCCAAAAGUAGGACAGUUGGUGUUCUUCUGGAGAGAGGCGCGCGGCAAGAGGGGUGACAAUCAUAGUUCGUGGCAUGGUCCUGGAUAUGUGGUAGGAAUUCAAGAUAGGAAUGCCUGGGUCACCAUCGGGGGACGGAGUUUUCUUGUCGCGGGGGAGCACCUUCGUGAAGCUGUUGGAGAUGAGAAGCAUUUUGGGAAUCCCGAGAUUCAGAAGGCCAUUGCUCUUUUUCGGAAGAUCCCGUCUGAAGCUACGUAUGAGGACUUGAUUGGACAGAAAGGUCCCGAGGGAGAACCGGGGGAAGUUGAACAGCAGCCGUUGGGUCAGGACCUGACUGAGAAUCUUGAUAUGGAGGUGGAUGCUAUGGAGACGGAAGGUCUGAGCGCCGAACAUGCCAGUAUGGUUCCACAAGUCGGUUGGCAUGUUGAUCAACUUGGGAAUCCUGUGCUUGUUUCCCAUAAAGUGUGGGCGUUCAGGAGUCCCGAGCCUCGAUACCCUGGAGAGCGUUUCCCUUACAGGACCACGUGGGCGUGUCAUCAAGGACAGUGGAAGUGUCUUGAAAAGGAGGUCAAGUGGGCCGAGCUGGAGGAUCAUCAUCAGUUCAUUCCUGGAGGACCAGCGGCAGGCCUUAUCACGAUAUUUCAGAGCCGAACCCGGAAAGAAAUGUGCUUGGAUGAUGUUCCCCAAAAUGUGAAGCGACAAAAGCGACAAGUGGGAGAAGCACCGGUGCAUGCGGUUUCCUUCAAGAAGACAGAGAGCAAGACCAAACUCAAGCGUAUGAUGGAGAAAGAGAUUCCGUAUGAUUGUAUCCCGGCCGAUCAAAGGGAAGUCUACAAGGCUGCUGAGGAUAAAGAGUGGAAAUCUUGGCUUGACUACGAGAGUUGUGAGAUUCUUUCACUUGAAGAAAGCCGUAGGAUAGAAAGGGAACGCCCUGAUAGGAUUCUUCCGAGCCGGUAUGUCUUUCGAGAUAAGAAUGCUGGACUCCUCGGUCCCGACGGUCGACCAUUGCCAGUCAAAGCUAAAGCUCGACUGUGUCUACAAGGACACUUAUGUCCGGACAGUAAAACUGGUCUUGUGCAGGUCGACAGUCCGACAGUCGAGCGAGUCUCAACCAUGAUUUUUCUCCACUUGGUCACGAGUCUCGGAUGGUCUCAGAACUGGUUUGUAGGAGAUAUAUCGAAUGCAUUCUUGCAAGGAGCGCCCUUGAAGGACAAGCCAGACAUGUUCAUGAGACAACCGAAGCAAGGACUCAAGGGCAUGGCACCAGGACAAAUCAUCAAGCUGUUAAAACCAGUUUAUGGAAGGCCAGAUGCACCACGAGCAUGGUACGAGGAGCUGUCGCGGAUUCUUCAGGAAGAACUGGGUUUUACGAAGUGUAUGGUUGAUCCUGCUAUGUUUAUGCUUCGGGAUAGCCGGGGAGCUCUACGAGGCAUCAUGAUUGUGCAUGUCGACGAUGUCAUGUUUUGUCAUGACGGCUCGGCAUGGGGACAUGAGGUUGCCGACAAGGUUCACGCUCGGUUUCCAUUCGGCACUUGGUUGAAGGUUGCGGAUCAGGAAAGCGGUAUCACAUACUGUGGCAAGGAGAUUAAGAUUAAGAAAAGGGACGGUGAGAUCGGCGUGGUCCUUCCUCAGUCAGAAUGCCUUUAUCGAUGGGAGACUCCAACCCAUGGCGUUGAGCAACGAGAGACCACUGAUGUUGAGAAGACGGAUUACAGGUCUGUGGUAGGUAGCCUUCAAUGGUUGGCGGUUCAGUCUAGGCCCGAUGUUGCCUUUGAAUGUAACCAACUGCAGAAACGAAUAUCCAAUCUCAGGGUGGCGGACCUUGUUCGUGCAAACAAAGCUGUGCGAGAGGUCAUACGGAACCGAUUGGAGAUUGAGUUUCGACCUCUCGGAGAAGAUGCCGAACUAGUCACUUACCAUGAUGCGGGAUUGUAUAGCAGUGUUGGAGUGGAGAUUGAUGAGAGAGAGUGUGAGGACAUUUUACAGAGGGGCAACGAGAAACGGCUUGUGUAUUCUCAGAAGGGUGCUUGCAUCGGCUUUGUUCGGAAGGGGGCUACUGAUCACGAACAACAUGCGCACAUGAAUCUGAUCGAUUGGAAGUCCUCUACGAAUCGAAGAGUCGUCGAAUCAUCUUUUGCAGCGGAGACACAUGCGGCGAUCAUGGGACACAACAUGUCUAGGUUCGCUCAAGUUCUUCUCAGUGAGAUACGAUAUGGAUCAAAAGUUAUCUCCGCUAUCGAAGACGACGGAUGGCAGCAGCUUGCUCCGGUCACGUUGGUCACUGAUUGUAGAAGCAUUUACGACACGAUUCAUAAAGAUGGCCAACAUGUCGGGGAGAAAGGGAACAUUGUUCACGCUGUUCUUUUGAGACAGUUGCUGACGACCAGAGGUCGUGAUAAUCCUGGGAAGGCUAAGCUGCUUUGGGUUCCUACUCGGUGCCAGUUAGCGGAUGGCUUCACCAAAGCCGGCAGGGGUAGUGACAUCAGAGAGCAGCUUACCCGAGGGUUGUUGUUUCACGAAAGCGCGCUGAAGCGCAAGAAUCCGCAGAAGCGAACAGGUCAGAGAGAUGGUUAUACCAGUGUCAAUGUUGAGCAGAAAGCCUGA